AUGCUUAUUCAGAACGGCAUGGGUGUUUUGGAGGAGCUGUAUGCCAGUGUGUGGCCGCGCCCAUCCGAACGGCCUGUUUUCUACCAGGGAGUGAUUACGCAUGGUGUUUUCCAGGACAGAGACCAGGAAGGCACAUUCAGCUAUAAUCAUGCCGGAAACGGAGAUCUCAAGAUCGCCAGGGUCGACGGCAAGAAGCCAGACCAUCCGGUGGUGCAAACUCUCGUAGAGAGCGACCUGCGCACCACAGUGUACUCGCACGAGGAGCUUCUUGUGCACCAGGUCGCGAAACUGAUGCUGAACUGCUGCAUGAACCCGACCACUGCUGUUCUGGACUGCGUGAACUACGAGAUCGACGGAGUGGACCCGAUCAGAGAGUAUUUCAGCAGGCUUGUCCACGAGGCGAUGGCGAUUCUGCGCGCGCGGUACCCGUUUCUGGAAGGCCGUGCGGAACUCGCCGAGUCGCGUCUGGUGGAGUUCAUUCUUGAAAAAGGUUGCAAAGUGAACGGGAAAAACAGCACGAGCAUGAGACAGGACACCUUGUUUCUGAGAGACACGGAAAUAGACUACAUCAACGGGUACGUUGUGCGCUUGGCAGAGCAGUUGGUCCUUGUCGAGGUUGCUCUUUGGCCCCUUGUAGAUCUUGUGAGCGUACACGACGUACCACACCAUACACAGGAACAUCGAGCCCCAGUAGACCAGCACCGUCCAGUUCAUCAUGUCUGGGGUGUUAUCUGCUCCUUUGUACUGCGGAAAGUUCAAGAUCGGAAUCAUGAGCGUCACAAAACACACUGCCACCACUCCGGACGGAAUGGAGAACACGCCCAGGUGCCACGGGCCCUUCUGGAACGUUUUUCUCGAGUAGGUGAUCCGGAGCAGCGUAGGCACGGUAAAGGAGAUGAACGAGCCAAUUGCUCCGACAGAGAAAAUGGCAUCGAUCGGCGUUUCGCCGCCAAACAUGAGCAGCAGCAGCAGCUCGCCCAGGAACCAGUUGGCCCACACAGCGUUGACAGGAGUCUUUGUGGUGGCGUUGACGUGCGACCAGACCUUCGACAGCGGGAAACAGCCGUCUCUCGAGUACGAGAAGAGCACUCUGGACGCGGCAAUCAUACAGGAAAAGGCCAUGGAGAAGGAGAGCACAAUGGCGAACGCGGUCAGCGCGAACACUCUCUCCUUAGUCAGGAUCUGCGCCAGAUACGCGACGUACGGCUGGCCCAGCUCGUCGUUGACGGCAUCGUCAACGUUGACGAUCGUGUACGCCAUGGCGAGCUGGAAAACGAACCCGAGAAUGCCUCCCACGGACGCGGUCAGCACGAUGGCCCGCGGCGUCGCCAGCUGGGCGUUGCUGCACUCCUCGGCCAGGUGGAACGGCGAGUCGAAACCGGACAUCGUCCAGAUCACGGCCAUGAAGCUCAUCAGGAUGCAGAUUCCGUCCGGCCACUCGGUGAAGUUGGUGAUUCUCCAGGCCACGUUGUCGCUGUUGAACUUGGACAGCCCCUGGUCGCUUCUGGUGUUACCGCCCAGGAUCAUAACGAAAGAGAUGAACAGAAAGAGCAGGUUGAGCGCGGUCGAGCCGGAGUUGAUCCAGGCGAUCCAUCUGGUAGGGAGCGAGGCGAUGAUAGAGCAGAAAAACGUCAGACACGACGUCAGCAGAUACAACUGCCAGUUGGUGGCAGAGUAGUUUGGGUCGUUCAGCGACUUGAGCGCCAGAAUCAUGCUGGCACAGCCGUACGCAACAGAUGGAGCGCCCGUCACCUGCACAAAGUAGUUCGACCAGCCAACAAACCAGGAGAGCACAGCUUUGUAGCGGGGCGGGGCAAGCAUGGCCGUGGCAUAGUAGAGUCCGCCCGAAGUCGGGAAGGCGCUCGAGAUCUCGGCCAUGGAGCACGCGACGGCCAUGACACCGAUCAUGCCCACCAGAUACGCCCAGGUGAGUCCUGCAUUGCCGGAGUAGGCGAGCGAGUACCACAGGGUGGACGCGAUCGAGGGCAGAAGACCGAGCACCGAGAACGAGACUCCGAAGGUGGUGAGCAGCGAGAACUCUCUUUUGAACUCCUGCUUGUAGCCGAGGGCCAGAAUGACGGCCUCGUCCUUGUCCACGGGGUGGUCCACAACGAUUCUCUGCGACUUGUUGGAGAGAACAGAAGUGAUGUGCAUUUGGUCCACCGAGAGGAUCGUGGCGGUGGACCGGACAGGAUCAACGUUUGGGGCCAUGGUGCAAAAUGCUCUCCAGGAUCGAAUUGUGUCUAUAUAUAA